GCGACAGUCGCAAGUCAUCCCACAACGCGACAGUCAACUCGAGAAUGGUUUAAGGCUCGUCGCGAACACAUCAGGAUCACCACAAACCACCUGAAACCAUGUCAGACAAGGAGUUCGGAGGCAACGAUGACCUCUCCCUCCCCAAGGCCACAGUCCAAAAGAUCAUCAACGAGGUCCUGGCGACCAACCCUUCCCUGAACGAUGGCACUGGCAGCAUGUCAUUCGCCAAAGAAACGCGCGACGUACUGAUCGAGUGCUGUGUCGAAUUCAUCACCAUGCUGUCAUCCGAAGCCAACGAGAUUGCCGAAAAGGACGCGAAAAAGACUAUCGCUGGCGAACACAUCUUCAAAGCCCUCGAGGAGCUGGAUUUUGGCGACUAUGUGCCCGAGCUCAGCCGCGUGGCUGAAGGGUUCAAGGCUGAGAGCGCGCGGCGCGAGAGGAAGCAGACCAAGAUCGAGCAGAGCGGCAUGAGCCCCGAAGAGUUGAUGCGAAUGCAGGAAGAGUUGUUCAAGAGCGCCGGGGACAAGUAUACUGGUGCGCCUGAGGGCUAGAAGGCCGCAGUGUGAACAGCACCACAAAUUACACAACAUGCUGGUUGGGGAUGCUGAAAGGUUCAAUAAAAUGCCAUGAUCCCAUAGGCUGAACCGUUGCAAGAGACGCGCGCAGAACAUGAAUAGCAGGAUUUGCAAACCGCUGUGCAUUCAGUAUUGUCUGGAGAAGGAUUGCGCCUGGAGCGAGCCAUGGCUCACUACCGAGUUGCCUGGUACUUCUCGACCGGACUCGACUGCGUGUUAUUCACACCGUUUCGAUCUGAAUGCCAGCAAGGCCCGUCAUCGGCACUCAGUCAGGACACGAAGCAUAUGUUUACCAAAAGAGGCGCAGAUCCAGCAGCUGCGCAGGGAAGAAAUGACGGAUGCAUUUCGGAGCGAGCACAAGUCCACAUUUUAUAAAGGCGCUGGAAGCUCAGUCAUGCAUUCGGAAACAGUCUAGCAUGAGGGAAGAGGUAUGUUGCUGUAGGACAGCGAAAUGCCACGAGUCUGCGGCUACACGAAUGGUGGGGCAAUAGCUGAGCAGAAUGCAUUUCGUUGCCGCGCCAAUAGUCUGCGGACGGGAGAUCAUCUUUCGCGAUUUUCGAGCUUUCGCAUUGCUUCUGAACCCACAGAAUCUACAAGGCGUGCUGCUCGACGAAUUUGCAGAUAUAUCCUUCCAGCAAGAACAGCUUUGAGGCACGUCCUAUCUCAAUGGUCAUGACCCUCCCAAAGACGGUUUCAUUUUUCACCCACUCUAAGCAGAGGCAGAUUCUCCGCGAUUAUGG